CCGGCCACACUGUUUCUGCUUUAGGGACCAAGAAACCAUGGCUGAGCUCAAUUAAGUGGAUUCGUUCAGAGUCUACCAGAAAGAAAGUAAAGGACCCAAAUGGUGGAGCCAAGAACAUCUUACACCUUUCAGAAUUUGGAGUAGUGCUGAAAGGGCUGUUAGCUACGUCCAGUCCUCCACCCACCUGGGCUAGUGGCCCUCCUCAUCACGGCUCCCAGGGAUGUGUCUUCUCUCAGAAGUGUGCCAUUAGGUUCAGGACUCUACUUACCCUCCUGAAGUUUACCAGCAGGAUGACUGGUUUGGUUUUGUGUGAACCAACAGAGCUUUACAACAUCUUGAAUCAGGUCACAAAACUAUCCAGAUUAACUGAACCCAACUAUCUCUGUUUAUUGGAUGUGCGUUCCAAAAGGGAGUAUGAUGAAAGCCAUGUGAUUACAGCCCGUCUUGUGAAGAAGAGGGCAGGUGAAUAUCUUAUCCCGGAUUCUGUGGAUCUGGAGUGUGUGGAAUACUGUGUGGUGUAUGAUAACAACACCAGCUCCCUGGAGGUAAUCCUAAAAGGUGACAGUGAUGACGACAACUCUGAUGAAGGCGAUCAAGGAAUUGUGCUUGGAGCUGCCGUUGAGUGUGGCAGAACCCUGACUCACCUCGCCCGCCACCCCAUCCGUAUCCUGAGAGGAGGCUAUGAGAGCUUCUCGGCCAUGUACCACUUCUUCCACACACAGAAGAUCAUCUGGAUGCCGCAGGAACUGGAUGCCUUCCAACCGUACCCUGUUGAGAUAAUGCCAGGCAGGAUCUACCUGGGAAAUUUCAGGCAAGCCUGCGACCCUAAAAUUCAGAAGGAUUUGAAAAUCAAAGCACAUGUCAACGUCUCCAUGGAGACAGGGCCGUUUUUUGUAGGUGACGCCGACAAGCUUCUGCACAUCCAGAUAGAAGAUUCCCUGGAAGCCAACAUCACACCCUUUUUACGCCACCUCUGUCACUUCAUUGAAGUUCACCUGGAGCUUGGCUCUGUCAUCCUGGUCUUUUCCACCAUGGGCAUCAGUCGCAGCUGUGCGGCCAUCUUGGCCUACCUUAUGCACCGAAAUGAGCAGACCCUGAAGAUGUUGAACCAUCCAUACAUCCCUGGAACAAAUCCCACUUGA